ACACGUAGGGAUCUGUCGUGUGGCACAAUCGUGCCUUCUCUUCUUGGAAUCCAAGCGGAACAGCGCUAGCAGCGCUAGUGCAAGAUCAGAAGCUCUGACCAUGACGCUAGAUAACAACUUUACGGCACGUGAGCACGACUCUGCUACUUCUACCACGCCAGCCAGCAACAGCCUGUCCUUUGGGAUUCAGCAAGCCAUCACAACAACAAACACCAGCCAAGGCCAAGAUGUCAGACAACGGUAGUCUCGACUUCAACGACUACGACGUCGACAAUGGCGAAGGUGGCGACAACAGUUCCAACGGUGAUACCAGCUACAAGGCUAGCCACAACAAGCCGAAGCGCAAGAGCGCCGCCGGACGCAAGCUUGUUCGUUGGGAUCCCGACAAAGACCAGCUCAUCUUGCUUGCGGUCGACUACGAAUGCACCAAGAACGGUAUUACCGUGCCAUGGGAUGCCGUAGCUGCGCAUGUCGCCUCGUACUUGACCGGUGAAGGCAUCAAGCAGCAUCUCGCCAAAGUCUACAAGUUCCGCGUUGAGGAGGGCCACAAAGUCCCGCCAAAGCUCGAUCGCAACCAGCGUCGUAAAACUUUGCCAAGCGCUAACAGCACACCUGCGCCCGUUCGUUCGCGUGGUGGCGGUGGUCGUGCUCGCGCUAGGGCUGCAGUCGAGCAAGGCGAAGACGGCGAUGCCCCAUACACUCCAAGCAAGCCAGGUCGUAGCCUGUUGUUCAAGAAGCCGGAGCCGACAAACAAGAGGGCCAAAGCGGCAGUGACAGUCACCCCGAAGAUGCCAAGCACUGGCGCCCGUGGUGGUAGACGCAAGAAGGCUUCUCCGGGUGAUUAUUUCACAAACUCGAUUGAGAUCAACGACGAGGUGGUCUCGAUCAAGUCAGAGCCUAACGACGACGAUGCCUAUUCUGCUGCACAUUUCGUUGCGCCAAAGAAGAAGGCUCCGGCUCCGAGAGGCAUGAAGCGUGGGCGCAAGUCCAAGACCAGGAUUGACGAUGAGGAGGACGAGGAUGAUACUGGCGUCACGACGCCAACGAAGAAGUCAAAAGCUGAGCGCGAGUUGCGCUCACUGGUGCCGGUCGAUUACAGCAAGCAGCUCGUGCAGAAUGAGGAUGUCAACGGUUCCGAUCUGGUGAAGCAGCUCAGUCGUAAGCGCAACAGCACGGCUUUCCUUGAUUAUUUGCUGACACUAUCGAGACUCCUCUCACGGCAGCGGUAGCAACACGAACAUGCAGCAGACGCACCACUUCGCCGCUCAAGACGGUGCGUUCCGUGGCUAUCCAUCCCAAUCUUCUGCCC